AUGUCGACCGCAGUACCCCGAAACUACAUUCCCGCUGACGAGCCACUCGUUAAUGCGAGGAAAGCCCUCGUCCAUAGCAAUAGUACGGGAAUGCAGCAGUAUUCUCAGCACAUCAAGGACCACGGACCUCUCCCGCCGAACUAUACCAUUAUAAUCGGGCGACAGAAUAAUAGGGCCGGACCAGAUAAAGGGCGUGAACUCUCGUACUUUCAUGAGGAAUCGGUGAAGGCCGGUCGACACGUCGGAUCUUGGAACCACCCUUGCUCGCCAGCUGAGUCCAGCCUGCUGCCUACCUUCCGACCCGAACCCAUCGACGACCGAGAGGACAUUACUGGAGUCUUCCAUCCACCGCUACCUGCAUACAAGGCGGGAAGGUUCGUCUGGAAGCACCAUGAUAGCUGGGAAUCUGCCAUUGCCGCUAGUUUGCACACAUCGGGCGUGAGGAUAGCUAAGGGUAACGCAAUCACGAAGGAGAAGGUCGUACAGAUGGAUAAGUCGCUGGAAAAGAAGGCAGUCAACGACACUCAACUCCGCCUGGGAGACACCUUAUACCAUCCAUCGGACCGCGGCACAGCAAUCUUCCAGAGCGAACCUAACGCUGCACGCGCUGCCAAGUAUCAAGGUCGGAGCCUCGUAGUCCUCUGCCCCCUCACGCCUGCAAGUGGGGUCGGAUGGAACCGCUUUUGGCAUCGUUCCAACCGCCCACCUAUUCGUUGGCGCUGGAGUGUUGGAGAGCAGGCCUGCAACAAGUUCAUGGUAGUCGGUUGCAUUCCGAAGUACGUCGACAACGGCGUGUCCAAGGAAGCCCAUUGGUUUACCUUGGAGCCCACUACCGCCAUAAAGGGAACCUGGGACGCCUACAUGAAGCCGCGCGACUUCAGUAAGUUGAAGCAGGCUGUCCAAUUCCGCUCGAGCCUGUCCGACGAAAAGUUCAUUUGGACCCUUGUCGCUGCCCACAGAACGUGGACCAAUAACAGGCUCCAUCGAGACAUCAAGCUCGGAGACUGGAUUCAUCAAUACGGAGAAUACAUCUACCAGUAUACGAAGGGGGAUGUCACAGAGAGGACUGGUUUCAAGGCGGACAAGAAGUCGAAGUACAAUGGUCGGAAGAUUGGCUCCACAGAACUCGGGGCGUGGAUACUCAAUAGCAGGGAGUCGUUGAAGUACGUUGAGUUGUGGGAGAAGGCCAACGAAGCGCAUGUGUCAUACUGGAGCAAGAAGUCAAACGAGGCAUGGGAGACUUUCCGUGAACGUCAACAUGCUGCCAGCAAGCUUCCCGAGUAA